UCAAGAAUCGAGCCAUGCAGGGGAGGUAGGAAGGGCCCGAUCCCCCGGUCGCCGCUCCUGCGCCGGCCGCUGGCCGGGACUUCGCCAUGGUGGGAGUCAUGGAGCUCAUCGCCAUGAUCCGGGCGGGCAGCAUGGACUUCGUGGGACAGAAGCAGGCAUUCAACAUGCAGUUCUACUGCAUAUGGACGUCAGGCGUCAUAGGCUUCAUCCACGGCUUCUUCGCGCAUAGGUUCCUGUACACCUUUGCGUGGAUUUUUGGCACCAGUGCAAUAGUGGGGCUGCUGUGCGUCCCGCCAUGGCCGAUGUGGAACAGGCACCCCGUGGCGUGGCUCGUGCCGAAGGACGAGGAUGAGGAGCCAAAGGAGCCCAAAGCCAAGAAGCAGGAGAGCAGCGCCAGUGCCAAAAAGAAUGCCAAAGGCAGCAAGAAGAAAAACUAGGGCUGUCCCAAUCGGGUGCAGCGGACGGCCGUCUGG